CUGUCUUUAGAUAACCGUUUUGUUUCUGUAAACGCCUACAACCGCAAAAAGCACUUUACAAGAACUUUUAAAUAUGGCUCCCACAAAAUCUGCUGCUGUUUCCAGCAAAAAAACUGGCAACCAUCCUGCCUACAAGGAAAUGAUUACCCAAGCUCUUGCAGAUUUGAAGACUCGUAAUGGGAUCUCUCGCCAUGCCAUCAAAAAGUAUAUUCACGCCAACUUCAAGGGACUGGUCAGCAAUGCCGAUAGUCACAUCAACACGGCCAUUACUCGUGGCUGCGAGACUGGUGAUUUCGUCCAACCCAAAGGAUCUUCUGGGCCAUUAAAGCUUGUCAAGAAGGGCGAAAAGAAGAAGAAUGAGGAAAAGCACGAACCCACUGUUGCCAAGCCUCGUGCACCAGCAGCUGUCAAAAAAGCCAUUAUGACCAAAAAGGCCACAGGCACUGCCAAAAGGACUGCUACCAAGACAAAGGCUAUAUCCCCAUCUACCAAGACAAAAGUCACAUCCCCAUCUACCAAGACAAAAGUCGUAUCUCCACCUACCAAGAAAAUUGCCACUACCACUGCUACUAAAAAGAAUGCCAAGAUCAAAAAGGCUGUCGUAUCUACCAAGAGCAGUCGGACUGCCACGAUCAAGGCCACCAAGACAAAGGUUGUUGUGCCAGUUAAAAAGGCAAGUUCUACCGGCAAGGCAGUCAAAAAGAUAGUUGCCAAAGCUGCACCUACCAGAAUGAAGCAAAAAGCAACUGCAUCAGUCGUUGCUGCUGUCAAGGCAGUCGCCAAGAAAUCCGAUGCCAUCAAAACAAAAACUGUCGCAAAACCCAAGACUACCAAAACAGCUUCUGCCAAAGCAACUGUAAAAAAGGCAGCAGCCAAAUCAUCCAAAACGGUCAAGACAUCAAAAAAGCCGGCCGCUUCUAAAAAGACUUAGAGUUGUAAAUAUCCGGAAAGCUUAUUUUAUUGGAUGGUUUGGGGUUUUAAAGAUGGUAGAUAAUUACUAGGGCCUAUAAGCAGACGAUAUUGGGCUACGAUGGGAUGGGUAUUUUUUAUUACACAUGAAGUAUUUUUC